CAUAGUAUAAUAGUCUACAGCCUAUUUGUGAAACAGUUGUACUUGGUUUAUAGUCAGCAUAACAUACUCAAAUAUUUUGUUCUUGAAUUAUUUAGUUUUGAUUAGUAAAAGUUUUAUAGAAUGUCAUGAACUUAUUACAUUGAUUUAAAAUUAUUCCCGUAUCAACUUUAAAUUAAAUACUAUUUUAAUAUAAUGUGUUUUUGAGUUCAUAAUUUCGAUGAGACUGGAGUAACUGAGCAGAACAAUAUAUUAUCAUAAUAUCCAAGAGUCGUAGAAAAUCGAAAAAAUAUGGUUAAUCAUGGGCGUCAAAGAAGCUAUUACGAACGUUAUUUUAUUCAUAGAAUUAUUAUCACGAUGGUAUUUGUAUCUCUAUCACAUGCAACGUCAUCGAAAUUGGAGAAUAAUUCAACGGUUUGCUCGGAAUUCUUAUCAUGCCUGAAAUGUGCGAAACAUGCCUCUUGCAGUUGGUCUUUAGACAUUCAGACAUGUAUAAUGACACCUUCAAGUUUAGGCAAUUUAACAGUGAAUAUUGAAGGACACUGUCCCCAGUUCUCCAUACUGAAAAAUUCCGUCCUAAGGGAUGAGUUAUUUUCGUACACUGUGGCGGUGUCGAACGACAAGAACAAUUUCGUAAAAUUUCUACAGGGGCAUAAAAUCACGUGCAACCUAGAAGAAGAGGAACUUGAGGGAUAUAUUUUAAACGAAGAGAUCAAAUGCAACACGAAAAAACUAACGGCGCAGAGGGACAAGCGAUUCAAAGCUUUGAUGAUUUACCAUUAUCACAUUACGAUCGACGACAACAUAAUACUAAGAUUCAACAACGAUUCCGACAAUUAUUUUAUGUAUUACGAUCACGAGUGCAAUAGGUCAUGGAGGGACGAGGAGUGCGUGACGUGCAUGUGGAGCGGAUACGGGUACAAGAACUAUUUCAAACGGUGUUCGACAGAAAACCGGUGCGUGGGCCAGUACGAGUAUUACGGCAAGUGGCGCUUGAAUAACUACACAGCGGUGACGACUGGCGAUGUGGGCAUCGACGGUGGCGUGCGUCUGGAGUGUCCGGAAGCCGAGAUCCGGUCCGUGGAGCCGAUGACGGCACCGUGGCUGGGCGGCACGACGGUGAGGUUCUCGGUCGUUAACCACCACAUCCUGGCCGAGGGAAAUGAAGUGGCAGUGACGGUGGCGGGGCGCGAGUGCUCGGAACCCAAAACCAGGAGGAUGGCUAGCGGUGCCGUGACGUCCAUCUCCUGCACCAUGAUGCCGGCGGCAAACACAGACCGCCGCCGCAACCACGAAGGCCCAAUUCGGUUGCUGUACACCGGUGACCUGCCAAAGGUGAGCAUCACGUCGGCGCUCGUCAUCGGACUGGUGGAUCCGGUGAUCACGGACAUGAGCCCGAGGUGCGGGCCCGCAACCGGCGGCACCAUGUUGCGUAUCGGCGGCCGGUUCCUGAACGCGGGCACCACGUUGCGGGUGUCGGUGGGUGACUACGCGACGUGCGACCCGGUGGCCAUAUACUCGGACCUCAUACUGUGCCGGACGAACCCGGCCUCAGUUGACGGACCCACGGCGGCCAGGGUCAACGUGGUGUUCGACGGCCAGCUGAGCAAAUACGUCGGCGACGGGUCGGUGGUGUUUACGUACGCGGCCGUGCCGGCGCUGGACCCCGGCCAAUCACUGCAAGGCAUCGCGUCAGGCGGCACCGCCGUCCAGUUGCGUGGCCGACACUUCUCGUGUCUGCGGUACGCCAUGUUCUACGUCAGACAUGGCGAACGGGUGCACUACACCAGUUGCAGGUUGGUCAACGAUACGCUAGCCGUGUGCAGAGCGCCAAAGCUAGAGUACGGACGCGGCAGUGCGGUCAUGUCGUUGAAGUACGGACUGCGAGUGCAGGACCCCGAGUACCGCGAGAUGGACCUGUUGCCCCCACGGGACCCGCACGGCUACAGCUUGCACGCCGACCCGGUGUUCGUGGACUUCGUGACGGAUGGCCGCACAUUGACGAUCAACGGCCGCGACCUGGACCGUGGCUACCGGCCGCAGGACGACCUGACAGUCCGGUUCCGCGGUUCCGGUGGCAUGUGCGACGUGACGUCCACGGACCACCGACGAAUCGUGUGCGUACCCUCCACCAAUGGGUCCGUGACCGACUUGGGAACUGUGAUCGGCGUGAUCGUCACCAUCGGCGACACGUUUGCGUGCGUGGUGAAGCGCAAGGCGGACGGACGGAGCCGCGGCCUCGGCGGGGGCCCACCAUACGGCGUGGUCACCGGCGUCAAGAUUGUCUGUCUGGUCGCCAUCGCCAUGGCAUGCAUCGCCGUCUACCGCACCAAAGCCAGACACCGCGUCGGCGCCACGGCGUCGGCUGCGUCGGCCGCAUGCACCAACCCCACUACCGCGGUCGGAUAUCGCAACAAGUGAUCGUGGCUGAAUGGAGGACGACGGUGCUAUACCCGAUAAAUAUAAUAUUAUUAUUAAUUUGUAAGUACGUGUAUUAUUUAAUU